AUGGCCGAAGCUCUGAUCAAGCCGCUGAAGCUGGUCGGUUUGAUGCUCCUCGCAUUCAGCUCCGCCAUGGCCGUGUCCUCGUGCCACCGGGGCUUUGGCGCCGUGUCCUUGCUGGCCUUCUCCUUCCUGCUAGACCUUGGCAUGCUCUUCCACUGCCUACGCCUGUACGCGAGGACGCCGCUGGCGUCUCCUGGCCGGCCGGAGAUCCUCAAGAUAGCGGUGUGGUUGCUCGUCACGAUGCUCGUUGUUACCUUUUUCCAGUUCCUGGAGAUUUGGUUCAUGACCAUGCAUAGGGAAAACUGA